AUGACAACGCCUCCAACGAGGAAAACGGCGCCCGAAGGCGUCGCUGUCGGCUUGCCAGCAGAUCCGACAUGGCUUUCACCGGUGUUGCCCACGUCCAGCACAAACGAAACAGGGAGCCUUGAAGUCACGCCGCCCCUGCCCUCCACCACCGCCCCACGCCGCAUCGACCGCAUCGUCGCCAGCACCGCACAAGAUACUCUGAUGAAGCCUUCAUUCAGCAGAAUUAAAUCAACAGAAAAAAGGAAGUUGAGAUGUUCAUCAGAACAAUCUUAUACUGAUAAUUCAAAAAAAUCAAGUCAUCCUGAUGCUGUGGCAAAUCAUGCUAAUCAUGUUAGUUCAUCAAGUGCAAUUCUUCACAUGCCAGUCAUUCAGGUUUCUGAAAAUCAUGGAAGAAAGCAUGCAGAGUUACUGAAGACCAGUAGUCAAGGAGGUGAAGGAAUUGCAGAAGGUAUCCAAGUGACAAAACCAACACCAGACAUUGAAAAAGGUGUGCUGACCAUGAAGGUAAUAAACCCAAUGCUGAAGUCUGUUGUUCCCAAGGAUGACUUAAUUGCAGAAGCGAAGAGAAAGGGCAAGCGAGAUCUUGACAAGAAUGUGAUGACUGCUGCAACUAAACAUAAAACAAUGCCAGAAGUUGUCAAAAAUGAGUUUGCUAUAAAGGUGGAAGAUAAUCAGAAUGAUGAACUUAACAAAAAGGUAACAAAGGUGAAAGCAAAGGCAGUUGACAAGGAUCUCUUGAAUUCAACGACGAGGACAAAAGCAAAGCCAGAUGCUGCCAGUGACGAGUUGAUAGCAAAGGUGAUCGAUCAUCAUAGGAGAGGUGAGCUGCGUUUACUGAGAGUCACUGAUCUGAAGUGCUUCCUCGGUGCAAAGAAAGCAAAAGUUGGAGGAACGAAGGAAGUGCUAAUACAAAGAGUGACCGAGCUCCUUGCUUGA